GCCACGCCCCCAGUGUGCAGGGCCAAUCAACGGAGAGCGAAUGACUUUGGCUCUAGUUCCCUGUAAUUAGUUUGCCUGGCACUGAAGAGGCGCUGGGGAAUGAGGUGAGCGGUGCGGAGGUGAAGUCGCUGUUUUAGAUCUCCAUACGAGCAAGUACGAUGAAUCCGUUGGGCCUUUUUCUCAUUUACCUUUACACUUGUGCACUGACCCCAGUGUCUGGUUAUCCCAAUGGUAAAGUGACUUCUGCCUGCAGAUCUAUGCGCCCUGACCAUGGCCAUGCUCCACAAUCUGAGCCCAUUCACAGCAUUAAUGUAGAAAAAACUAUUUUUAAACCAGGAGAUCGCAUUAAAGUCACCUUGUCUGGAUCUCGCUUUGAUGGAUUUCUGGUUCAAGCUCGUGAUGCAGAGAACUUGGAAGGCAGUGCUGUGGGAUCAUUUUCUUUAACUGAUGAGAGGAUUUCCCAGCUUUUGACUUGUGAUGGCAUCCAGAAUUCAGCUGUCAGUCACACCAGCAAGGAGAGAAAGCUUCAAGUUGAGUUAUUUUGGAUUGCUCCUGCCAACAGCCCAAAGCAUAUUCAGUUUCUAGCUACAGUAGUUGAAAAAUAUAAAAUCUAUUGGGUGAAGAUUCCCGGCCCUAUUAUAUCACAGCCCAACGCACCAUCAAUUGCACCUAAGAUUCCCAGUAGCACGAUACCAGUGGUACCGCCACCAUCUUUAUCACUUCAUAAACGUUUUAAUUCAGCAGGCUGUGGCAGCAGUAAGUUCUGCAUCCGAAAUCCAGUCUCCUGUGACCCAGAGCAUAAUCCUGAGUGCUUCUUCCUGUCCUUCAGAAAAGAUGGCCAAUCUGUACUAGUUGAGAUGAGUGGACCAGGACAAGGCUAUAUUUCUUUUGCCUUAUCACAUGAUCAGUGGAUGGGGGAUGAUGAUGCCUACUUGUGUGUCAAAGAAGACGAUGGUGUUCAGAUAAAUCCAGCCUACAUCAGGGGACGAUCUCACCCUGAAGUGUCAUCUAUGGAUGUUCUUAGGGAUGUUGCAUGGCGGCUGGAAGAUGGUGUAAUUCAGUGUUCUUUUAGAAGAAACCUCCAAAUUCCUAUCCCUAAAGAACGAUUUGACCUGGGUCGGAGUUACUUCAUUUUUCUUGCUGAUGGUGAUGCAAAGGAUGGUCUCCUUUACCGACACCACAGGCAACCUCUAAUGACAAACCGAAAGUAUUGUAUCACUGACUUUCCUGAAGAUGUGGGGGGAUCGCGAUCCCCACUUAUAAUAAAGUUACACGGUGCUAUGAUGUUUAUUGCGUGGAUGACUACUGUGAGCAUUGGGGUCAUUAUUGCCCGAUUCUUCAAACCAGUCUGGCCUACUUCGUCUUUGUUUGGUGAAAAAAUUUGGUUCCAGAUUCACCGCUGCCUUAUGAUCACUACAGUGUUUCUAACAGUUGUUGCUUUUGUAUUGCCUUUUAUAUACAGAGGAUACUUUAGUAAACGUGCAGGUUAUCAUCCCCAUCUGGGGGUCACUGUGAUGAUUUUGACAGUUCUUCAACCUGUUUUGGCAGUUUUCAGACCUCCACCUCAAACACAUAGGAGAGGGAUAUUUAACUGGACUCAUUGGGCUACUGGUACUGCUGCCAGGAUUAUAGCAGUGGCUGCAAUGUUUCUUGGGAUGGAUUUACAAGCAUUGGACCUUCCUGAUCCAUGGGACACCUACACCAUGAUUGGCUUUGUACUAUGGCACGUUUUUGUAGAUCUCCUGCUUGAGGCUCAUGGGUUCUGUCUCUUAAAGAAAGAGUAUAUUUCAAGGCUGCUUUGUCACCAGUAUGGACUUUUUAUUGGUGGAUCUAAAUGGUCAGAUCCUCAAAGCAUCAUGGUUGUUUUGGUCCCCUCUGUACUGGAGGGACAAGCAAGAUAUUCAGCUAAAACAAUGGAAGAGGAUCAAAUAGGAAUUUUGAACUCGUCCCCCGAUGAAGCAGAGGGCCAUACCUUUAAGAAGAUUGUGAUGACGGUCUAUAUAUGUGGAAACCUUGCAUUUCUCAUAACCUUCCUAGCUGCAAUCAACCAACUUUGAAGUCCAUGUAGGACUCUGCCCUGUAUUGCUGCUUUGACUUGGCAAGAAGUGACCGCUUUGAAUCUCCGUUUAAUUCAUUCUUGCAACGACUGCUUCUCCUGCUGCUAUAGACUGGUAACCACUACCCUGAAAUAACACCAUGUGCCUUGGUAGGAUCUGAUUGUUCAGAUAAAAGAAGACCUAGGGGGCCUAUUUAUCAUGCCGCGUAAACCUCACAGGUGAUGUUACCCAUAGCAACCAAAUAGCAAUUGGAUUUUAACACUCGCCUACAUGUUAGGAAGCAAAAGCAAAGAUCUGAUUGGUUGCUAUGGGUAAGACCACCAGUGAUGUUUUUCUCCUCUGUUUGAUAAAUAGGCCCAACAUGUUAAUUAAUUAUAGAGGUAUUUUUUUUAUUCUGUCCAUUCGGCAGCUGAACUCAGCUUUGUGAGUUGACUGCUUAGAAUACAUCAGAGAAUAUUUGUUAUGCUGAGAGUAUAAACACUGGACCAAUUGCCACAACAGUGUCAAAAAUAUAUUUCUUGUUCUUACGGAGGUGCCUAAAAUGUUUUUUUUUCCUUCUUAUAUAUUUAUAACAUUUAAAUAUGAAUUGUCUAUUGAGCUAUUUAAACAGAACUUAAAAUGUUGCCUUUUAUUAAAGGUUCUCCUUU